AAGCUGGCACCCGUUCCCCUGUGUGGGCCUGGUACCGUUUUCACUUAAACUCAAGAGGCGACAAAAGAGUAUCGAAGUAUGCUUUCCAUAAGUGCCAGACUCUCACAUCUGCCUUAACUCAGAGUAACCGCGCCGAGGACUGUGAUUGACGGCAAAGAGGGGAGAAACAACAACAACACAACAAAACAACUGCAAAUCGUGCAGGUGGUAGGCAACACGUUGACCGCCGGGGAGCCACAUCACAUCACGACUGAUCGGCAAGACCUUCCCGGCUCACCUGUGUGUGACAAGAGAGAUUAAAAUGUCUCUUGAGAGUUACUCCAGCCUGGAUGAGUCCGCGCUCCGAGCCCUGCUGGAUGGAACCGUGGAUCUGGACGAGAGACGCCUGAUCCGUUCAGCGAUCCGGGAGUUGAGAAGGAGGGAGAUAGAGGACAUGGAGGCUGCUCUGGCCAGCAAGAGAUUCAGACCUACACGCCUGAACCAGCAGGAGGACAAGGAGAACCAGCACAGGUCAGAAUCCAGCGACACCUUGGACAUCCUGUCAGGGAAACUGCAGUCCAUCCAGGACAUUGAUGAGCUCACAAAACUGCUCCGUGGGGCCAGUGAGUAUGAGGAGAGGAAGAUGAUCAGAGCAGCCAUCCGCCGCCUCCGAGAUGAAGAGCAGCAAGGCACUGUGGAGAGAGGUAAAGCUCCUGGCUGCUGCUUGGAGCCUGAUAGCCUGGAGCCCCAGAGCACCAUGGGAACUGGGGUGACAGAGCGGGAGAGUGUCAGUGAACAAGAACGAGUCAGAUCCCAGAUCCGGGAGUUGCGCAGCCAGCAGACACAAGGAAGAGAGCUGCACAGGACAGGCUCCAACUCAGGCAUGGUAUUAGUUCUUGACCAACUGGUGAAGGAUGACGGCUCAGGACCUCUACUGACCCGGCCUCAGCGAGAAGCCAUGGCCACAGAGCCUGACCUCGUCCUGUCUCACCGUCCAAGGUCUGAUUCUUCAGCCUCAGACCACAGCCUUACCUCGGUGCUUUCCAAGGCCCAGCUGGACUCUGGGGCAACAGAGAGGAGCUCAGGCUUGGCCUUCAGGUCCAGGUUGGACUCUGGAGCCUCAGACAGGAGCCAGAGUUCCUCCCAGCGCAGCCGGCUAGACUCUGGGGCAUCAGAGCGAAGUAUUGGCUCCCAGUCCUGUGCCAGACAGAGAUUGGAUUCAGAUGUCUCCAACUCCAGCGGGGGUCCCAGACCUCGCUUGGGCUCUGGGACUUCAGACAACGUUGGCCUGUUGUCUAGGAAACGAACAGACUCAGGGACUUCUGAUCAGAGUGUGAGUAUGUCCUGCGAGGGAAGGGGUCAAGCAGAGGAGGAGGAGGUGGCCAUGAGUGGAUCCACUUCAAGCAUAGACUCAGAAACUGAGAACAGUAAUCAGCCUUCAGUCAGUCCCCAGCCAGAGUCCAACCAGCAGUGCUCCACCAACAUCACUGACCAGGAGGAGCCUGAUGGGGCUGUUUUAUCCAGGAGAGAUCCAGGCUCAGAGAAUGGUUUGCUCAACGGCAUUUCCAAGGGAAAAGAAAACAUCAGUGAACAAAAGGUCACAGUAAACACAGAUGUGCCCGUCCUGUCCCGCAGCAAGGCAAAAGACUCUGCACCUGAGAAGAAAGAGGUUGUUUUGGAACCAUUCAACCGCACCAACUCUGUCCGCGACCGGAUGCGUAAAUUCACAGAGCCCAGCCACACCUCAAACGUCACAGCCCUCAAGAAGGUUUCUCUGAGGAACGGGACUCUCUCUAGCAUCAGUGGCCAGUCAAAUCUUGCCAAAGCUACCGAGUUGUUUUCACGCACAGGAGCAUCCCUCAGUACCUCUGGAGACCGGCCAGCAGGGCCACGUGUGGGACCCACAUCACACACCUCCUCAGCCUCCUCCAGCACAGGAAGUGCAGCACAGAGUAAAGCCACACCUCAGCCAAGGGGUUUGGCUAACAAACCUCUGUCUUCAACCAGCCAAUCUCAGAACUCCAUGGGUGGGACAAGGCAUCCAGCUGAAAAGUGUGAGCACGCCUCCAGUAACUCAGAAGAAGACAGGACCCCAGGGAGAGCAGCUGGACAGCAGGUCACCCAGGGAGAAGCAGACCCGGACAUGAAGACUUUCCUCACCAUCGAGAUCAAGGAUGGACGCACCACCACGUCCUCUACAUCCUCCCCUCGGGGCAACAUUGUACCUAUCACCAACUUGACCCCACGCAUCACCACUAGUGGUCUGGGACAGAGAGGAGAGUUGACCCUUGGCCUGAGAGCGACCCCAUUCAAGAUCUCCUCGUCCAGCCUCUCCUCAGGAUCUUCGUUCAAGAUGGAGACGGAGCCUGUCCUGGCCUCUGAGCCCAUAUUUUCAGUUGGACCAUCUGUCCAGGUGGCCUGUCAUGUCCCAGCCAUCCCCAACGGCUCCACAACCGCUCAGCCCAAACCUGAUGAAUGCUCUGGGAAACUGACUGCAGAACAACUAGCUGCCAUUGAGGAUGAAGAACUCCUUGACAAAAUGCUCGAUGAGUCAAAAGACUUUGAGGAGAGAAAGUUGAUCCGUGCAGCCAUGAGGGACCUUCGUAAGAGAAAGAGAGAGGCCAUGCUGGGAUGUACUCAAGAGGAAAUAGACCAGAGAGAGAAGGAGCGUGAAAGCCGUCUGCAGGAGCUCCGGCAGCAGAGAGAGGAGCGUGCACAGAAAGGUCGCGCAGGUGCCGGAACAGGAGAGGUGGUGAUGAGGAAGGUGGAGAAGUCAGCAGAUGGCUCCACCCUCAGCCAACUCACCAAAACAGACCGCUUUGCGCAGUCUGAUGAUGGCAGUAGAUCAACGCGCAGCACCAUCAUGGAGGCCAGUUAUGUGCAGAAAACAGACAGAGGGACAGUCCAGUCUAAAUCGUAUAGCUACACCUCCUCCUCCUCCUCCUCCUCCUCCAGCACAACCAAGAAAGUGGGCAGUGUGUUUGAUCGGGAGGAUGACACGUCGUCUCGCGGUGGCAGCAGCGGGUUGGCGGCCGUGGAGCGAAGGCAGGCCGAGAGGCGCAAGGAGCUGAUGAGGGCUCAGACUCUGCCGAAGACCUCCGCCAUGCAGGCCCGCAAAGCCAUGAUCGAGAAGCUGGAGAAGGAGGGAGGCGGCCCUGGGAAUCAGGCAAUCGCCAAGGUAAACAAGGUUCAGCGUUCCACCAGCUUUGGUGUGCCCAACGCAAACUCCAUCAAGCAGAUGCUGCUGGACUGGUGCCGUGCCAAGACGCGCUCAUAUGAGAAUGUGGAUAUUCAGAAUUUUUCAUCCAGUUGGAGCAAUGGCAUGGCGUUCUGUGCCCUGGUUCACAAUUUCUUUCCUGAGGCUUUUGACUACAACUCACUCAGCCCCAGCAACCGCAGGCAAAACUUUGAGGUGGCCUUCAGCACUGCAGAGACCUUUGCCAACUGCAUGCCCUUGCUGGAGGUGGAGGACAUGAUGAUCAUGGGUAAUAAACCCGACUCCAAAUGUGUCUUCACCUACGUACAGUCUCUGGUCAACCACCUGCGCAGAUACGAGAUGUCCAUGGGUCGCCCCUCUGACCUCUGACCUGUGCACAGAACGCGUUCAUCCCCGUAGUUGCGUUCAGCACGGGAUAGCAACCAGUCAGUACCCCUUUCUUCACAAGGCCUGAUGCACCCCUUCCCCAAAUCCCACAGCCCCUCCGAACACCGUCCUCCCCAGCCAAGACUCGACGAUGCAGGUGACAGACUCGCACGUCUGUAAUGGACACGUUGGAGAUAGUGCGUGUGUGUUUGUGUGAGUCAGUUUGCUGAUUAUAUUUUUUGGCAGUGGUAACUCAGUGCAAAAAAUUUCUUAAUAUAAAGUCCCACAGUCUUCAGCAAGGGAGUGCCAAAAUUAUAUGCAUUAGGGCAUCUUUUAAGCUUUAAAAUUUUAUAUAACAUUUUUUUUUGUACUCAGACUCAGUGUCGUAACUGGUAAUAUUCAGCAUUGUGCGUUGUGUGUUGCUGGUGCGUAUUGACAGACCCCAAAAAAUGCACAAGAGAAAAUAUUUUACAGUGUUCACCUUUUUAAAUUAUUUAUACCAACUCUUUUUUUUUUUUUUUUUUUUUUUUGUCCUGCUACACUUUUGUAACUGUUGUAAUUUGAUGCCAAGAAAACUAUAUUCAUAACCACAAGAUGCACCUCUGCCUCAUGUCAGGUUCACUCUGGUACUGUUAGAUGUUUUUUUUUUUUUUUUUUUUUUUUUUCCAAAAUGUGCAUGCUUUUCAAAACGUAUUUACUUGAAUUAUUUUAAAUAGUCCUUACUGUUGUCAUCAUUUAGCAUAUUACUAUUUAAUUUAAUUCUUGAGCGCUGGGAUGUUUAUUCUCUGUAGUCCAAACAAAUGCAACAUCAGUGUGCAGUCCAAAGCUGAGUGAGCGUGCUACAGUGCUACUGAGAACCUGGUUCAGUCUUUUCAGUGUGUAACACAGUAUAUUAUGGUAUUACGGUAUGGUUUUAUGCUAACACAGAUUGCUUCCAUGGGUCUGUAUUUUUAAGUGACCCACUUCUUGUAACCUAAAUCUCACAUGCAUUAUCAGGUAGAAAAAGCAAUUAAGAAGAGCGGGUGACAGUCUCCCUCUCAGUUGAAGUGUUUUCUGAGAUCAUACGGCUACAUUAUAUUGGUUUUGGAUGUUUCAUGUUUCAUAUAGGUUGACUUGACAACAGGAUGUAAAAAAUAUCGCAUCGAUGUUCCCAUCACCACAUCCCUGCCAAACACACACACUCACACACAGCUCUUUUAGUGGGCUCUUUAUUUAUGCUUGGGUAGAGUUUUUGAAAUAUAUUAUUUUUAUUUUGUUAGUGUGUACAUUAUGCUUUACGUUUUGUUUAGGAAGAAAUCUAUGAGCCCAAGCUAGCACAUUGUUUUAGGAAAUAAUUGAGGCAAUAUUGCAGGUUUUUGGGCCCAAUGAAAGCUGGCUUUCAGCUGAGUCAAUUACAAGUAAACAUGAAUGAGGAACAUAUUUUAUUGCCAGUGUACUGUAUAUUGUAUAACCUAAAGCUAAGGAAAACGGAUAAGGAAAAAGUUCAAUUCCACUUGUACAAUUAAGGUUCUUUUAACAAGAUUUCGAAAAUGUGGUUGUUUUGAGAGCUAUAUUGAUGUGACUCAUUUGUUUAUUCUCUAUUUUAGUGGAUUUAGAGUAAUUAUUUGAAAAGUAUUCCAGUGCUGCCACCUCAGAAACAAAGACCCUCUACAAAGCAUUGAAUCCUGUACAUACAAGCUUAAACACUUUGUCAUAAUUUCAUGUUUCUGUGCACCACAGUUAAAUGUGAAUUGACAAUUAAACCAAUUCAAGAACUGAA